AUGGCUACACCGAAGCAGGAGGCCGCUUUCUUCGAGCAAGUAGCCCACGUUAAGCGCAAGAUGAGUGUCUCUACAGGAACACCAGUCGACUCUGCGCCAGGUUCACCCGACUUAAUCUCGGGUAGCUCUAGAGGUAGCAUGACAAGCAUUGCAACCCCUGGCUCUGUCAAUUCUCCUAGCAAUGUCGCCGACUCAUUCGUCUUUGCCUUUGACAUUGAUGGUGUUCUUGUUCGUGGCGGCAAACCUAUUCCAGAAGCCAUCAAGGCGAUGCAAGUUCUCAACGGCGACAACGAAUACGGUCUACGCAUCCCUCACAUCUUCCUCACCAAUGGAGGUGGCAAGACGGAAGAGCAGCGCUGCAAAGACCUGUCCGGUCAGCUCAAGCAAGACGUCAAACCCGGUCAAUUUAUCUGUGGACACACUCCUAUGAGGGAGAUGGCCGAGAAGUACAAGACAGUCCUGGUCAUUGGCGGUGAAGGUGAGACCUGCCGCAAUGUUGCUGAGGGCUACGGCUUCAAGGAUGUCGUGACCCCUGGCGACAUUAUCAAGCACGACGCCGCAACGACACCUUUCCGCAAGCUCACGGACGAGGAGCACGCAAAUUCGCGCACUCGCGACUUUUCCGACGUCGUCAUUGACGCUGUCUUUGUCUUUGCCGACUCUCGUGACUGGGCAGGCGAUAUUCAGAUUAUGCUUGAUGUGGCCAUGUCAAAGGGUGGUGUUCUUAGCGAGCGCAGCGAGACCUUCGACGAAGGCCCACCAUUUUAUUUCUCCCACAACGACGUCGUCUGGUCAGCCGCACACGAGCACGUCCGUCUUGGUAUGGGCGCCUUGCGCCGCAUGUUCGAAAUUACAUUCAAAGAUAUAACUGGCGGCAAGGGCGAGCUGCACACGCAUGCCUUUGGCAAGCCCCAAGUUCCCACGUUCGAGUUUGCCUAUCGUCUCAUGGGCCAGUGGCGUCAGACAGAGCAUGGCCUCGUCAAGCCUCCUCAGACUGUCUACUUUGUCGGGGACACCCCCGAGAGUGAUAUUCGUGGCACCAACGCCGUCAAUGAGAAGGCCGAGAACGAGUGGUACAGCAUCCUCGUCAAGACGGGCGUCUAUGAAGAGGGUACUGAACCCGCCUACAAGCCACGCGUGACUGUCGGCACGGUUCUCGAUGCUGUCAAUCAUGGCAUACAGCGAGAGAUGCGCAAGCGUGUCGCAAAGACACUCCAAAAGGACGUGAUCACGCCUAGCGACACACUGGCCGUUGUGGAACCUGAUGAGCUGCAAGUCUAG